GGUCACGAGGUGUCCCUUUGGAGUAUUUUUGGCCCAAGCCAAAGCCGUGAAAGGUUUGUUCCCAUAUCACCUCACCGAGGUCUACGAAAUCGACAUGCGUUCCAAGCUUCUUGUGGCUGUUCUGUUCACGUUGGCAGAAGGUUUUCGUACUGGGACGGACUUGAAGGAGGAGAUGUGCCCUGAGCCUGAGACAAGCCCUAAGUACUUCCGGAAUUUGCGAAGCAGCUCGGGUGUGACCACCUGUAGCAAGAAGGAUGUUUGCUUGUUGAUGCGUCAGCUGGAUGCUUACUUCUAUGCUCGUGCCCGCAAGGGGGAGUUGGUGGACUAUGGACCUCGUACAGGGACAUGGGUGCGGGCAGGGAAGUGCCAACAAAGCGGACGCAUCCAAAAGCUGGCCGCAGUGACCAGCAUCACCAAGUGCAAGGCUAUUGUCAAGAAGUUCACCAAGAAGAGGUUCAGAAUCAUCAAGAAGAACACAUAUCCAUGGGCAAAAGGGUGCCUCUGGAACUAUGAAAACAAGAGGGGAUACUUCAACAAGGCUGACAGCAAUGCGGAUGCCGGAACUAAGUACAUUGAAUUGAAGAAGAAGAGGAAGGGUUCCGGCUUCUACAACCAGCACCGAUACAAGGUGGACAUCGGGCAAUUCUGCUACUAUGAUCAGUCUUUGGACGAGGCGGCUGCAUCGUACUACUCGCCCUACAAGUUGAAGGCCAGCAUGAUUGCAAAGCCUGAGAUGUCCACCAGUUGUUCCUUUGGAAUGAUGGCCAGCCUCCAUCGGGUGGGGCUCACGGAUAGCCCUUGUGCUGAAAUCCUGACAGGUGCACAUGGUUCUAAGGCAAAGAACUUGCUCAUUGAACAGAUCACCAACAAGUGGUGCCCCAAUAUUUGGACAGAAGCAAUUGAGAAGGGCUCAACGUGCUCAGCAGAGCGCUUUCCAACAUGGGCUCAUGAUGGCUUUGUGGACGAUCCAAAGAGCGCUUACGAGGAAGUGUUUGCCCAACGUGCUGAAUACCUCCUGAAGAGCAUUGGUGGGGGUGAGACCAAGGCAGAUUUGAUGAAAUCCCGCACUCCAAAGAUGGGGUUGCCUGAAGGUGCUUGCAGCAGCAUUGAAGACGAGAUGUUCGAUGACUUCCUGCAAUCCAAGGGUGAUGAAGCACCAGAUCCCUGGGAUUGAGCGAGCGACACCCAGCAUGGCGCGCGUUGCGCCUCAUGGCAACUAUUGGCAACUUGGCCUUGCAGGUGCCUUGGUAUUACAUGAGGACUCCUUCGAUAGCAGUUCCAGCAUGCGAGGCUCUUGCGAUUUGUGCUGAGGCUGGCCUUAGUUUCUGAUAGCUUGGAAGACGCGUAUUUUAGGCAUCACAGUUUCAAA